AUGAGUAACAGCUCGCUGAGACAGAUCUGCUCUCUGACUCUCCUCAGGAGUCCGACCUCGCUCCAAAGUUCAAGCAGAUUGUUGAGUUGUGUCGCAGCAGCGACGCCAGUGAAGAAGGAAGAAGCAGCUCCGAGGGUGUAUCGCUUUCCUGUGUUUGAGAAGAGCUUCUGCAAGGAGCUGGUGGAGGAGCUGGAGCACUUUGAGCAGUCUUCAGCCCCUAAAGGAAGACCCAACACCAUGAACCACUACGGGAUCCUCCUGAAUGAACUGGGCUUUGACGAGGGCUUCAUCACACCUCUUCGCCAGCAGUACCUGCAUCCGCUCACCUCCCUGCUCUACCCGGACUGUGGGGGGCGCUGUCUGGACAGCCACAAGGCCUUUGUGGUCAAAUAUGACAUAAAUGAAGACGUGUACCUGAGCUACCACUAUGACAACGCAGAGGUCACCCUCAAUGUUUCCCUGGGCAACGACUUCACUGAGGGCAACCUUUACUUUGGUGAUAUGAGACAGGUGAUCAUAUGCUGUAAUACUGUCAUUACUGCUAGUACUGUCACUGCCACAGCUGUCGCAGCAUAA